AGCGGGUGGCAGAAAAACAAGAGACAGUGGAGCCGAAGGCAGAAAAUAGCUUUUAAUGUUUAUGAACAAAAUAGAAGCAAGGUUCAUAACUUCGGAUCAUCAAGUCUUUGUUUUUGCAGUGCGGUCGUGCAUACAGUCUAAAGAGGGGAGGCAACAUGAGUUCCUUGCCGGAGGCCACGCGCUCCCUCAUGGAGGUUUUUAAUGGGAAGCUGCAGGAUUUUACCAAAGAAAUUGACCAGGUCCACAUGGUGUGGCUGGAGGAGAUCCAGCAGGAAGCUUAUCGCAUGUUUUCCAGUGACUUCAGCACCGAGCCAGAACUCAUGCCAAAGACUCCAUCACAGAAAAAGACAAACCGCCGGAAACGGGUGUCGAUGGAGCUUAAUGAGUCUCGCAGCAAAAGACGUUUCUCCAAGGGGAAACGCAGCAACCUGCGUCGUUCUUCGGUCCAAAUGACCCUGAACAGCAUCUCUGAACUUGUUACGCCACACGUGCCAAACGACAGCUCUACGAGCCUGAUGGAGGAACCUGCUCGUCGCACACGCCGCAACAAAACCACCGCCCCGGCUGAAACCGAACCUGUCAAACGCAGCACCCGAAACAAAGGCGGCGCCAAAGCCAAGGAGGUGGAAGAAGUGGCAGGGAACAUUCCAGAAGUGAAAGAAGCCGUUGAGGUGCAGGAUUCAGGCUCCAAUCAGCAUCAGGUCCUGGUGUCUGAAGCCAUGGUGAGGAUUCCCUCCUCGGAGCGUCUGAGUGCGGAUUCACUGCUGAACGCUGGUGUGUCUCCGGGACGAUCUGCUAAUAAAAUCCCCAUCGCUGCAUCUGGGUUGCAGACAACACCUCAAGGCUCGUCUCGGACAUCAGUUCGGCGCUCGCUGGUGGUGCGCCGUUCUCUGGUGGGCCUCAGGCAUAGCAUGACCCAAGAAGCUGUUCGCAGGGCAUCCCGACGCUCUUUCCUGAAGAAGAAAGCCAGACUGGGAAACUCGACCUGCAGCAGCUCCGUCAGCGAGGACAUUUGUAUGGAUGAUGGAACUGAGGAAAUGGAGAACAAAGAAGAACAGAUUGAUGUACCGCAAAUGGUGACCGAACCAGCCACUGAAACCAAACCCGAAUCAGAAAUCCUCCAAACUGAG